AUCAACCAAGGAGAAGGCUCGUCAAAACAUAGAAGAAAUUGCUGAAAAGAGUGACAGCGAGGAUGAAUCGGACGAAGAAUCUGAAGAGGGAUCUGAAAUGGAGGAGUCUGACGAGGAUGGGUCCGUAGAGGGAUCUGACAGCGACUCGGACGAAGCGUCUGAUAACGAUUCUCAUGAGGAAGGCGAAAAUGGUGAAGAACAUGCUGAUCUUGACGAUCGUCCAGAUACUGAUCAUGAUGCCAAAGUACCGGAAGCUGCGCAAAAGUCAAGAGCAGCUAAACGAAAACCACCAAGUCGUGGCCAAGACGAAGAUAGCCCCUUUACCGAGGAUGAUGAAUCAAGUAGUGGGUCUGAUUAAGUUUGUAGCAAAGCUUAUAGACAUGUUUUAUUUGUAUGUAAAAUGUAAUCUUUACUAUUGGUGUAUUAAGCUUAGCGAAUGAUAAUUGAGUACAUUAACAAGCGAGCUAUUAAGGUCGAUGUUUGUGGGGGAAUUUGAGUAUAUAUUAUUACAAAAAUUUCUCUUUGUUAGC